AUGAAAUUUAAUGGUUUCGUAAAUGUUUUAUGCUUCAAACUAACGCUAAUUAUAAAUUUAGCAAAUGGGAAAUUGAUGCACGAGAAGGACAAACACGAGCCUUACAACGUGGAUGGCGUGGAAGGACGCAAUAUCGAGUUACAAUGCCCAAUUACCGUUUCACUGACCGAGGUGAGCAUGGUGCUCUGGUUCAAAGACAGUGCCGGAAUACCACUGUACAGCGUGGACGUACGUGACAGAAUAUCCCGGCAACCGUCACACUGGUCAGCUCCAGAAGUAUUUGGAUCACGUGCGAAGUUCAAUAUUGAUAAAUCGCCCGCUUCGCUGCUGAUAAAGAAUCUUAAGCGCCAUGAUCAAGGUAUCUAUCGCUGUCGGAUAGAUUUUCGAACGCUACAAACACAAACAUAUCGUUACAACUUAUCAGUCAUCGUGCUACCGGAGCAACCGGUGGUUUUGGACCGCUGGGGACGACUAAUGAAUGGAACACAACUCGGUCCGAAGGAGGAAGGCGAUGAUGUCGUUAUCACGUGCCGCGUAUCGGGAGGUCGACCGCAACCCGAGGUGCGAUGGUUGAUUAACGGUGUUACCGUGGAUGACCAGUACGAGCAUAAUUCCGGCGACAUCAUCGAGAACCGGCUGCUGUGGCCAACGAUCCAGCGCAGUGAUCUGAAUUCCAUAUUCACCUGUCAGACCACGAACACCCGGCUAGCCGAACCGAAAGAAACCAGCUACGUGCUAGACAUGCACUUAAAACCACUGUCAGUUAAGGUAAUCAACCCGCCUGAUUCACUGGUGGCCGACAAGCGGUACGAAGUGACCUGCCAGAGUAGCGGUUCUCGACCGAACGCCAUCAUCACCUGGUACAAGGGCAAACGUCAAAUGCGCCGCACCAAGGAUGACAUCCUAAGUCAUAACACGACCAUUUCAACACUCAGCUUUUCACCCAGCACUGAGGAUGACGGUAAAACACUGACCUGUCGGGCCGAAAAUCCAAAUGUUAACGGUCUGUUCCUGGAAACCACCUGGAGGAUGAAUGUUGUCUAUCCACCGAUGGUUACCAUCCAGCUCGGAUCAACACUGGUUCCGGACGACAUUAAGGAAGGCGAUGACGUUUAUUUCGAAUGCCAUGUAAAAUCGAAUCCUCCCUGGCGAAAGCUGCUCUGGUUCCACGAUGACACGCUGCUGCUGCACAACGCGUCCGCCCGUGUCAUCCAAACCAACCAAAGUCUUGUGCUGCAGAAGGUGGCAAAGCAAUCGGCCGGAUAUUACGCUUGCAGUGCAAUCAACGACGAAGGGGAAACCGUUAGUAAUCAGCAAUUUCUUCGGGUGAAGCAUGUCCCGGUGUGCGACCGCGAGAAAACCGUCCUAAUUGGUGCAUCGAAAAACGAAAAUGUGGAAAUUUUAUGCGAGAUUUAUGCAGAUCCGCCAGCCAGAUCCUUCUACUGGCGCUUCAAUAAUUCUGCGGAAAUAUUAACGGUCGACUCGAACAGGUACUCCAACUAUGGAAACUUCAGCAUACUGCCUUACACGCCCGUUACUGAACAGGACUAUGGUACUCUUUCGUGCUGGGCCUCGAACGAAAUUGGAACGCAAAGUGAACCUUGCUUGUUUCAAAUCACAUUCGCAGAUCUUCCGGCACCGGUAAGCAACUGCACCCUGUUCAACCGGACGCAACAGUUUGCCGAAAUCCAGUGCACGCCUGGCUAUGACGGAGGUCUACCGCAAAUGUUUAUGCUGGAAUUAGUCUCUAAAAGGACCGGAAGCAGAAGGUUUAACUUCUCCAACAAACACGAACCGUACUUUUUUCUGGACCGGCUGGAAAAACUGGCCGCUUUGAUGUCGCUGGAAAACAACUCACUAUCCUGUGUGGUGUAUGCGAUCAACCAAAAAGGACACAGCCCUGGCGUGGCUAUUUCCAAUUUCGAAAUUGGUCAUAUCCAUCCUUUCCGGAUAGCGAGCAAACACUCGACCGAAUGGCUGCCAAUAGCUCUCGGAGUCCUGCUUACCAUCAUAAUAUUGGCCCUCUCGAUUUCAACCAAAGCGUACCUCGGCCGAUGCUGGGCUAACUGCUGCUGGCGCCGCCGACGACGGCUUCUGCGGACCGAAAGCAAAACGAGUGAUAUGAAAAUUGCACAGCAAACAAAAAAUAUUGUGAUAUCCAGCGAUUUCGAGUGCGGAACUAAUUGUCUGAAGCUGAAGCAUGCACAAACCCAAAAUCAGCAUCGAUCGCAGCAGAGAGCAAGUCUGAGAAAGAAAACCUCGUCCAAAGAAUCGAACGAGGACGAACCUGAUCCGGACGUGAUUCCAGCACAGUUUAGCAUGAUUUCAUCCUCGCCAGUGGCGUCUUCUCCAAUACCCAGCUCUAGAGAAAAGGUCAGUUCUCCUGGUUACGCAUUCCUGAACUACUCCGCCAACUCAUACUAUCUAAAUCCGAUAGAUUUAAACAACUUCAACAACAGCAUUCCACUGGACCGACAUCAAAUGUCACCGAUAGUCGAUCGUCCUCAUCAUCAUCACCAACAUCACCAUCGAAACAUGCCAUCAACCAUCGAAUGUAAUGGAAUUGUACAGCCCAUGCCUACCGCAGCCAGCAGCGUAACCAACGGUUCUGAUCUGGACAUUAACGUAAUCAAGGAUUGCCUCAUGACGACUCGCGUGCCAGAAAGUUGUGUUUGA